AUGUCGGCCACAGUUGCUGAGAUUAAGGCCAACGACGGCCUGGCCGACCAGGGCAUAAGCAAGGAAAUACGCUCCGCUAUAGACGAUUCAUCCAAGCUCACCAAACAGGACGCACUGGUGCAAGACACUGAAGUCAAGGCCGGCCCUCCUGUCUACGAUGGAGACGAUGAUGACCUUGAAGAUGACACAAUCAUCGUUACCGGUACCGAUGCCGCAAAUCAUCUGCUAUCGAUGCGAGACGACUUCGAGCCCUCGCUGACCUUUCGGAGUCUCGUCUUGGCUACAUUGCUCUCUGGUUUCCAGGCUGUCAUGACCCAGAUAUACACUUUCAAACCGACUUAUGUCAGUAUCCAAGGAACAUUUAUCGUCAUCAUUGGCUACUUCUUGGGCAACGCAUGGGCCACUUUUCUUCCUCGCGGUGAAGUUUAUGAGGCUCGAUGGAGGGAAAGAGGAGGCCAGGGCAAACUUCCACUGUGGAUCAGGGCCAUCUCUCUCUUUAACUAUGGGCCGUGGAACCUGAAGGAGCACGCAAUCUGCGCUAUUACCGCCACGGCUGCCUCGAACGGUUCGGAGAGCGUCAUGGUAUUCGCAGCGCAAGACCUCUUCUAUAACCUGCCUCUGAACGCGGCUACAGUAAUCUUGAGCACCCUCUCCAUUGGUCUUUUGGGGUACGGUGUUGCAGGUAUGAUUCGUCCUAUUGCAGUCUGGCACCCAGAGGCUGUCUAUUGGGGUAAUAUUCCAGUGGUAAAGACACUGCAAGGGCUGCAUUGGCAGGCAAUGAAGAACUCCAAGCCUCUUCGAUACUUUUGGUACGCGUUUACGGGCAUGGCAAUCUAUGAGUGGUUUCCUGCGUAUAUCUGGCCUUGGCUGAACUCUAUCUCCAUUCCCUGUCUGGCUUCUAUGCAUGCUACUGGAGAAACCGGACAAACACUCACCAAUAUCUUCGGGGGAUCUCUCACCAACGAGGGACUGGGGAUUUUCAACUUAGGGUUUGACUGGCAAUAUAUCACAUCCUACCAGACCUCGCUCCCACUUAAGCUGCAGGCCAAUUCAGCCGCGGGCUUCAUAGCCUGUUAUAUCGUAAUGAUAGGCAUCUACUACGGCAAUGCAUGGGGUUCAAAAUCGCUCCCAUUCAUGUCGACUGAUCUUCUCUUGGCGAACGGUACAACAUACCCAGUCACUGAAGUAUUCAAUGGGGGCAUUCUCGACGAGCAGGCCCUGCAAAGUUACGGGAUUCCCAAGCUGAGCGGAAGUUUUGCAUACGCAAUGUUUAUUGCGAAUGCAGCGAUCGGGGCCAUGAUCGCUCACUGCAUCCUCUUCUGGGGAAAGGACGUCAUCACUUCGUACAGAAACAAAGGAGAAUCAAGUGCUGUCGACCGACACCAUGUCCAUAUGGCUAAACAUUACAAGGAAACACCGGCGUGGUGGUAUGCUUCUGUUCUUCUUAUCAGCUUUAUUCUAGGUCUCAUCGUCGUCCUCAAAGAAAAUAUUACUCUUCCGGCUUGGGCGUAUAUUGUCUCACUAGUGGUGGGAAUAAUUUUCGGUCCCUUCAGCACCAUUUUGUUUGCUCGGUAUGGAAACGGAAUUGCCACAAAUAGUAUAUCGAAGUUGAUUGCUGGACUGCUGAUCCCUGGACGUCCUAUUGGUAACAUGUACUUUGCUGCUUGGUCCCACAACGUCACUGCGAACACGGUCAAUCUGUGCAUGGACUUAAAAAUGGGCGAAUACCUCAAGAUCCCUCCCCGUGUCAUGUUCCUCACCCAAAUCUAUGGUACUGUCUUGGGCGCAUUUGUCAACUAUGGCGUGAUGGUUUCCAUUGUGGGUAGUAAUCGCGAGCUCCUUAUUAAUGGCAACGGUGACGCUUCAUGGAGUGGUGCGACCAUGCAGGCAUACAAUACCAAUGCAGCGUCAUGGGCGUUAUCAAAAUACCUGUACAGAGCUGGCACCACCUACGAAAUUGUGCCGAUCGGCCUAGCAAUUGGGGCGGGCUUGGUUGCUAUCCACCGUCUCGUUGUAUACUUUAUUCCUAAAAUCCGCGGUUUCUCUCUCGAAGAGUUCAACUUCCCACAAUUCAUCCAAUAUGCCGGUUACAUCCCAUACAACUCGCCCCAGACCUGCGUCAUCUUCAACCAGAUUUCCUCUGGAUUUUUCGUGCAGUACUAUCUGCGCAACUACCAUCCACGUCUCUUCAAGGACUACUCGUACUUGAUCACCGGUGCGUUUGACGGCGCCAGUUUGACAGUGCUUUUCAUCCUGUCCUUUGCUGUCUUCGGCGCCGGCGGUCGUUCGGUGCCAUUCCCUGCAUGGUGGGGUAACAAUGUCAAUGGAAAUUACGACUUUUGUCCGACCACAUAG